UUCACUAUUCUCACCUCACCCUCUGUAAUAGUCACAGAAGCAGGAGCCUCACCCUCUGUGCUGCACCUUUCAGCUUUCCCAGGCCUCCUGCAGACCAACAGCACUGCCUGCUCCCAGCUGACCCCCUGUAGGAGAUGAAGGAUGACCGGCUGCUACAGUCCCCCCGGGAACGAGACGCUGCUGAGCUGGAAAGCUUCACGAGCCACAGGCACUGCCUUCCUGCUGCUGGCCGCACUGCUAGGACUGCCCGGAAAUGGCUUCGUGGUGUGGAGUUUAGCGGGCUGGCGUCCCGCACGGGGACGGCCGCUGGCGGCCACGCUCGUGCUGCACCUGGCGCUGGCUGACGGCGCGGUGCUGCUGCUCACCCCGCUCUUCGUGGCCUUCCUGGUGGGGCAGACCUGGCCGCUGGGCCAGGCGGGCUGCAAGGCAGUGUACUACGCGUGCGCUCUCAGCAUGUACGCCAGCGUGCUGCUCACCUGCCUGCUCAGCCUGCAGCGCUGCCUCGCAGUCACCCGCCCCUUCCUGGCGCCCCGGCUGCGCAGCCCGGCCCUGGCCCGCUACCUGCUGCUGGCAGUGUGGCUGGCUGCCCUGCUACUCGCUGUCCCUGCUGCCGUCUACCGUCACCUCUGGGGCAACCGUGUGUGCCAGCUGUGCCACCCUUCACCCACCCACGCCGCUGUGCACCUGAGCCUGGAGACUCUGACGGCCUUUGUGCUUCCUUUUGGGCUAAUCCUGGUCUGCUACAGCGUGACUCUGGUGCGGCUGUGGAGUGCCCGCUGGGGCUCUGGGCGGCACAGUGCACGGGUGGGUAGGCUGGUGAGCGUUAUCGUGCUGGCCUUCGGCUUGCUCUGGGCCCCCUACCACGCGGUCAAUCUUCUGCAAGCUAUGGCUGCACUGGCUCCACCAGAAGGAGUCUUGGCGAGACUGGGCGGGGCCGGACAGGCAGCGAGGGCUGGAACCACGGCCUUGGCCUUCUUCAGCUCCAGCGUCAACCCAGUUCUUUACGUCUUCACCGCCAGGGAUCUGCUGCCUCGUUCUGGUCCUCGUUUCCUCACGCGACUCUUCGAGGGCUCCUGGGAAGCCCGAGGGGGCAGCCGCUCCAGAGAAGGCACCAUGGAGCUCCGAACUAAUCCUCGGCUAAAAGUAGUGGAGCUGGUUGGAGGCAAUGGAGACCCCGGGGUUGGCCUAAAGAGGGGCAGUCAAGAAUGGGACUCUUGACACUGAUCCCUGCACCGGGCCUGCUCUUCCCUAAAACUUGCCAUUGCCCCUGGAAUUCACCACCCUGGGGCAUUUGGGGACCCUCCUCUGAAUACAGCUUGGAUUUGGCUGAGCAGGAUUCUUUCACAUUGGACAAGCCCAGAUUCCUCCAAACUGAGGGAUUGUGAGGGUGAAUGACCUCUGUUAAAAGUAUCCUGUUCCUGGAGAUUGGCAUGCACCCAUGUGUUGCAUUGCUCACCUGUUUCCAGUAGCU